UGCAGGCUCUCACGACUUCAUACUCAAUCGCACUCUAGUCACACACUACUGCCUUACGAAUCCACAACGGUAUUAUGGAAAACUCCUUUCAUUCAUUCUACGAAAGCAAUUUUCCAAAAUGUAGUUGGUCGUCUCUUUGUGACAAGCAGCUCGCGUUGUCGAAAGUUCUCAGUCAGAUGCAUCGGCUAUUGCACAUCAAGGGGCCGCACUAACGUUCACUUUUGACUGACUGACUGGCGAAGGAGACCAUCACUUUACGUUGCACCAAACAACAAAGCAACCAACCAUGGGGGUAACAUCGUCGCCCGAAUCGGUACCGUCAUUGGCAGCAUCGUCUCAUGCAUCCACCGACGGCGGCGACAGUUUGCGGAUGAUGGAGGACGAGUUGAGGUCGCCCGCAUCUUCGGCUGCCGCUACCUACAAGUCGUCACUGUCCAGAAACUCGUCUUGGCGGGCCAUUCUCGAUGACGACGAAGAUGAGAUCCAAGUCCAACAAGAGGAGGACGACAUUCAACUCCACGACAAGGUGUCAACCUGUAGCUCGGGCAUUUUGUCCUCGGAGACUUUUGAUCUCUCAUUUGACCCGAACGUAUUCGAAGCCAUGGAUACCGACAGUCUACACUCACUCGCUUCCAUGAAAACACUGAAGAGCCCCAGUGGGAGACAUUGGGAAGAUGCGGGCAGUGCGGACAUUUCUCCUCCCGACAUUACGGACCCUGAAACCAUUGUGGAAGAUCCGGAGGACGUCCCAGUUCAUCGAGCCUGCCAUGGAGCCCUUGGCAUUUCACCAAGGCAACUGGCGGAGGUGUUUGCCUUGUUCUCAAAGGAAUCAAAGUCCAAAGCAAAGGUUUCAGUAGAGCCGACCGAAUCCCAAUUCCAUGUCGAACCUGCCAUGGCACCUCCCACCAGAAAGCUACAUGCAGACUACCCAAUGAGCAUGGAAGAACGACAACGAUACAGAAGGUCUGGUGGUGGUGCCAACCAACCCAAACUGACUGCAGAACUCUACUGGAAGCCAAGGGCCAAGAGUCUCGAGAAGGAAUGCAUCACUCUCAAGGAAAUCCUCAGUGAUGACUCGAACAAGAUAUUGCAGCUCAAGGGUGCUUUGGACACUCUCCGCAAUGACAAGCUGCGCAGUCUCGUGGAUAUCAAGCGCUACCAAGACCAACUGGAAUCGACGAGCAAAGAACUCGAUUCAGUCAAGAAGGAGCGAGACAUGCUCUUGGAGCAUGACACUGAGCAUCGCGAGACCAUUCGAAUCCUGAAACAUGAGGUUGACAUCCUGACUCGCGAAGAGAAGCGACACAAGCCUUCCAAAAAGAAAUCGUCUCCACCCCAUCGAAACUCGGCGGAUAAGGACUUGCUAGAACAGCUUCGUCUUGAGAAUCAACUGUUUGCUACGCAGAUUGUGGACUAUGAAUCCGAAUUGGAGCGACUGGAGAAGCAGGUCCAAUGCACCACUGGAAAGGAGCAGCAUGAUACCCGCGAAGCAAUGAGGGCAUAUGAGCUCGCCCGAAGCAUCUCACAACUGGAGAGGUUGAACGAGCAGCAAGCAGAAGAGGAGGAGGAGAUGGGUGCCGACUCGGCGGAGCUUGAAGAUCACGUUCUGUGCCUUUCUCAGGAACCGUUGUCUGAUGAGCAGUACGUCGAGACAACUCUGUGGAGCCAAGAGAUCGACGACAUUGUUGUGACAGCGUCAUCCAUGGGCGAAGAAAGUAUCCUGCUUGGCGAGGGCGAGGGUGUCGAUUUGAUUGUUGGUGAUGAAGCUGUCGAAGAAGAGGACGGCAUCAAAAGCUUCACUGAUGGUGAGACCAGCGAGGCACCAAAGACGGCGGACGACAGAGACACAGCCGACCAGGAGAUGUCUUUGGGAAACGCCUUCAGCGGCAUCACCAAUGAAUUCCCUCAACAAAUCAUAGGCAACGUCUUGGGCAUGUUCACUGUUGGCGGGAGCACUGACGACGGAAACGAAAACUCGAAGGACGAGAUUUUCGUGGUUCAUGAGGCAGCCCCCACUUCUCAACCCCAAGCAGAUAUUGCUCAUUGUUUGCAAUGGAAGUCGCCUGACGAACUGCCCACGUUCGUCAAGGUAGAUAGGAUCGUACCCAUUGAGAAUGUGGAGGACAGAAACCCUCCGUCUAGCCCAUCGUCGUCUCCAGGCCCCCUCAAUGACAAAACCAAUCUUUCAAGUCCAUCGAUUCGCAGUGUGUUGAAGCAGCACGAAAAGGACCGAUGCGGGGCUCGGGAUGGUACUGCGAUCGAAGUUCAUCAUAAUAGCGAUGCGAGCCAGUCGAUCGAAGUUCAGCUGACGGAUUCGGGCAAAGACAAAUCACGAAGCGGUGGAGUCAAGACAAAAUGCGAUGAAAACUGCGACAUGUGGAGUGCUCUUUCUGGUUGUCCCUUUGCGUCGGAUGACGAGCACCCCAACUGAAGCUGAUUCGUCCUUGUCUCCGAUGUUCGUGAGGACCUUAACUAUGGGUCAGGGGUCAAAAUUCAUUCAAUCCUUACGAUAGCAAAUGAUGGUGUGGGAUAGCUUAGCUUAUUUUUUCUUCCUAGCCUUGGCUUUGUUAUU